AAUCAGUGCUGCUGUUUCUUUUGAUAUUUUUGAAAAUAUACGUAUAAUUAUACGCGCUUAGUUUCCUUCGUGUUAUAUUAUAUCUGUAUUGUUUGUGUGCCAAUUGAUCAGGUGACUUAAUUGUUUAACAGACAAUGAAUCGUGCCGUGUAUGCCGCCCUCCUCCUCCUCCACCUCAUCGUCGGGAUCACCGAUGCUGCCGGCACUGUCGAGUCCAGGAUUCGCGAUGACAACGACUUAUCUCAGUUUUAUCAACUAUUGGAAGCAAGUCGAGUGGCGAACAAUACGUUAAUGUACAGACAAGUGACAGUUUUUGCACCGACGAACAAGGCCUUCCAAAACUACGUCGAAAACACCGAUGAUUUGGUCCUCUACCAUAUGUCCAAUCUUGCCUUGACAACGGACGAAUUCUCGACUUCGAUUCUCUCGGAACUUACGGGAAGCCCACCGCUGUGGGUGACACGAAAAACCGGAAGUUAUCGCCCGGAGAUCUACAUCAACAACGCCAAAGUUCUUAUAGAGCGUAGCAACUACCAGUCGAGCAUCCCUGGUAACAGCGGAGGACCGGAGCAAAAACAGGUGCUCCACAUAAUUAAUGAAGUCCUCGAACCGGUACGAUCCAACGCGGCAGCCCAGCCGAUUUAUAAUCCAGACGCCCUCCAGUUCCUGAACCAGAGUGAGAACCUAAACUUGGGACUGCAUCGUAUACGCUAUUUCCGCCAACGAGUUCAUCUGAUGCACAAGGAGGAUGUAUUCAAGGCUGCCGGACAAUACACCUUCUUCAUCCCGGUUGAUGAGGGCUUCAAGCCGGCUACUCGAUCUGGUAAAAUCGACCAGAAAGUUAUCGACGGUCACGUCAUCUCUGGUUACGCACUCUUCACCGCGCCUACUCCUAACGGCAAGGACUUCAAGACACUCGCCUUCACUGACAAUAUAAAAGUCACCGUCAGCUUCCUCACUGAAAAUGAUGGCAAGAAUACGAGAACCUACAUCAAGUCGAACACAUUGGUUGGUGACAACAACCAUGCAACAGGAGUCGUCCUCGCCGAAAUCGUCAAGGCAAAUAUUCCGGUAAGGAACGGAGUCGUCCACCUGAUUCAGCGACCUUUGAUGGUUGUGGACACGACGGUUACGCAGUUUCUUCAGUCUUUCAAGGGCAUCGACAAAGAAGAUGGACCAGUCUACAAAUUUUACGAAGCAAUUAUGGACGUUGGAGAAGAUUUCUUAAACGACAUCACCAGACAGCGACAAGUGACGUUGUUCGCACCCAGCAAUGCGGCAUGGGAGGAUGCAAGCUUGCAGCACAUUCGCCAAGACAAGAAACGCAUGCUGGAAAUAUUGAAGUUGCAUUACGUGAGAGAGCAGCUGCCACUGGAAAAGAUUUUGAAGAACAACAAGAACCUCCAGAUUGCAAGCAUCGGACGGAAACCCUGGGAGAUAUUUCAGGUCGCGACGGCGGCUGAGCGGAAAAGUCUUUACUUCAACGUAGUUCAAGGGCCGAGUGGAAACGACACGAUCACCGUCGAAGGAGGUGGCGUCAAUGCGACUGUUAUCACACCGAACAUCGCGGCUACGAACGGGAUUAUUCACAUCAUCGACAGAGUUCUUGGUGUUCCUUACACCACGAUACAGGAGAAGCUGAGGACUGACCCGAUGCUGAACUCAACCUAUUUCCUUGGGCAGCGGCGAGGUUUCAACAACCAACUGAACGACACGAGGAAGCGUUUCACUUACUUUGUGCCCCGUGACUUCGCCUGGAAAGCAGCCGAAAUCAAAUUCCCUUCGACUUACAAGAAGCUGUUUAUGCCCGAAUUCUCUUACCACGCUGAGCAGAUAUUGCAACGACACCUGGUGGUAGCUGACCAGGCCUAUACGAUGGCGAAGCUGAAAGACAUGUACUUCAAUGACACCGUGAUCCUGCCGACAAUGAGAGAUACCUUGAUACUUCACGUGAAGGAAGUUGGCGAGAGCUACCACGUCCAAUGGCAGAACGAAUGGAUCCACGUUUUCCGUCCAGACGUCGAGUGCACUAACGGUAUAAUUCACGUUAUCGACGGUGUAUUCCUGAAGGACAGCGACGUACAUGUUAACGGUAGUGCGUCGUUAGCUACGUUCGGACCCCACCUAAUUAUGAUUCUCAUAGCCAAGUGGUUGCUGUAAGUUUGGACGAGCCAAGAAAGGAACAAGAUUUUCAAAAAAUAUAUUAUAAGACGAGAAGCAGAAGAUGAAAUAACAGUUGUAAACGAAUGGCUAUGUCAAUAGUGUAUCUCGAGGCUGAGUGAUUUGAGUUGCGUUCGAAAAUGCUCUGCAAACGUUAUGAACUUGAAACGGCUGGUCUUUGCUCGAGUGAAUAUCCAAUUUCUUCGUCCAGUCGAACUCCACGUUACUCACUAGAUUUUUUUUUCGUUGUAAAGUGCUGAGAGACGGGGAAAAGUUGCGUCGAAUACUUUACGUAAGAAGUUUAACCGGUAACCGGACCGUAUAUGCCAGCGAUCAGAGAAGUUUCCUGUGACAAGGACUAAAAGAUGAAAUAUAAACAGUACAUCGGAUUGAUUCCCCCUCUACCUCCCGUUCCUACCGUGCAAGUAAUUCCUUCGUACACGCCGCUUCGCAUACAUGUACCUGUAACGUAUUGCAAUCCAUAUGAUUCACUCUUAAAUUUCUUACGUAUAAUAAAACUGUGUUGGAAAGUAUUUUCCCUUGAGAUAUACAUCGAGCCACGUGAACAAGGAUUCAAACAAUGUAUGGGGAAUUAACAGGGGACAGAUUAUACGUAUAUGAAUACGUACGAUCUGCAAGGAUUACAGAAAUCUCACGCGUUAUUUUAAACGAAAAACAAAAUAUGAGUGACGAGAAGAAUAUAUACAUAUAUAUUAUAAUUAUAAAUAUAAAUAAAACAAUAGUAAUAAUGAAUGAAUAUUCAUACAAUGAUAAUAAUAAUUGUAAUUGUAAUGAAUACGAUGAUAAUAAAAUUAAUGAUAAAAAUGUUGUUAACAAUACUAAUAACGAUAAUCGCUCAGCCUCAAGCGAGGUAAUAGCCUAUUAUUUAUUCGGAAUUGUCCGGGGGACGAUUCUACUGGUUAGUUAUAAUCGUACGAAGUAAAUAGGUAUUACCUAUACAAGUAUAAAAUGAUCACGUGAAAAAAUUUCAAUAAAAAGA